UCGAUCUAUCUCUCUCCCUCUCUCUCUCUCCCUAAAGAAGAAAGGAAGAUGAGUUCGAUCUUUGGUGGGGGGAGUAGCGACAAUAACGUUAACGUUGUCAUCUUCGAUACGUCAAAGAAUGAAAGAAAAUUGAACGAGGAGUUCAAAGUGUUGCAGAGAAAGUUAAAACCAAAAUGGAAAUUGGUCGAAAACAACGAUACCAUCACCGAAGAGUCACUGACGAGUGGAAGGGUCUUUGUACUCCCGGGACCAAGAAAUAAGUUCACCGAAAUCGAAAUGAACACUAUCCGUAAUUUUGUCAACAACGGCGGCAACGUUCUGGUGAUGUUAGGCGAAGGUGGCGAAAACAAAUCGAACACGAAUAUUAAUUUCUUGAUCGAGGAAUACGGGGUGAUGGUGAACAAUGACAGCGUCGUACGUAUGGGCUAUAAUCAAACGUUGCACCCGAAGGAAUGUCUCGUCUCUCAAGGCUUGUCCAACAAAUCGACGUUUUUGAAGAAUCACAACGAAUACUCAGACAUCAAUUUCCUAUAUCCAUACGGCGCAACAUUGAACGUUGUGCAACCAUCGGUGGUCGCGUUGUCAAGCGGCUCGAUUGCUAUUCCAAUGAACAGACCUAUCUGUGCUUACUAUUCGGGUAAAAGCGGAUCUGGUAAACUGGUUGUUUUGGGCUCGGCCAGGAUGUUUACGGAUCCGUAUAUCGAGAGGGAGAAGAAUAGUGCCUUGCAAGAAAUGAUUUUCGAUUUCUUCGAUUCGAACGAUACGGCCGAGAAAGAUUUUCAAUCGGACGACGUCGAUUUUUGGGAGUACAACUUUGUACCCGAUAUAACGCAACAAGCGGACAAUCCAAAAGUUUGUACGCAGGAUCUCGACAACAUCGAGGUUCCGCGAGAAUAUACGAAAUUGUUUAAACAUCACUUUUAUUCGAUAAACUUGAAUAUGGUACCGGCUGCUAUAAAGGCAUACGAAACUUUGGGAGUAAAGCACGAAUCGUUGAGCUUGAUACCACCUCAUUUUGAGGCACCUCUACCGCCGACCCAAGCAUCGGUGUUUCCACCGAGCUUUCAGGAAUUACCACCACCAGCGUUAGAGUUAUUUGACCUGGACGAAGCAUUUAGUUCCGACUUAUUAAAGUUAUCCCAAUUGACGAAUAAAUAUAUGUCGACUAAGAAUUUAGCGAGCGACACCGAAUUAGAUCAUUAUAUUAGAGAAUUUGGCAGUAUAUUAAGGAUCAGCAGUUCCGACACUCAUACGGCCAGCGAAGUAUUGAAUCGUGUUUUUCAAAAGAUAUCCAGCUAUAAGACCAUGCAAGAGAGAAACGAAUACGAAACCAAAAUUUUCUAAGAUUUCUUGUAUAUAAUUAUCUUUUUUAUUGUAAAUGUUACAAAGUGAAAAAUAAAAAUUUGUAUGACGUUGAGAAAAAA